AUUUCUACUUCGACUUCGACCAUUCUUCCAUCUCCUUCAAGAACCAUGAAGUGCAAAACUCCUACGAUUCCUCUGGUGAAAACCCAAGCAAGACGGAGACUUGUGAAAGCAUCGGAAGUGAUGGAAGCCGCAGAUGAACCCGAUAUUCAGGUCCCUUACUUGCCUCCUGUGGUGGACUGCUCGCUGUUCCCAAAUAUGAAGCUCACAGUGAGGCAAAAUUUGGAUGAAUUUCAAGGAUUAAUGUUUGAUAGCCUAGGGGGAUUUCCCACUCUCAUGAGUAGAUUUAGAGGCAGUGUAUUUGGGAGACACAUUGAUGUUUCUUUCAUCCCUGUUCCAUCACUUUUGUGACCACUCCUGUCGAGAUUAGCG